GCGGUGAAUCGAUUUAUAAAUACAUACGAGGAAAUCAUCAUGUUACAAAUCGAAACCCAUUCAUCAAUUCUGAAAACUUCCAUUAGUGGACAGCUUAGCUUGUCGUUCAAGAUUGAUAUAUAGCAAUUACAAACAUACCUUUCAUCCUUUUCUUCUUUUACAGCUUCACGAGAGAAAUCUGCAAGCCAUUUUUCGCAGCAUGGACAUUGUUGUCAUCGACCUGCCACUGAAAACGGAACUGAGGUUAUCAAGCAAGAAAAGAUGGCGUCUUGCACUUUCUAUGAUCAAAUGUUUGAAUGCAUUCCGCCAUUAUUCUAAACAAAAUCACAGUGCCAAGCUCUUCUUCCAAGCUCCAUCUUACAGAUAUCUUCUCAAGAAUCCCUCCAGGAAAGUGUCUCCUGAACAAUCUGACAGAUUUUCCAUUGACGUGGAUGAUGAUGAAGAACACCCUCGUUGUUUCCAGGAUCUUGAUCAGUCAAGCCUUGCAAAGAUUGUCAAGGAGAAAAGCCUCGAGCAUCUUGCUAAUCUUGGUGGAAUUGGAGGCCUUUCUUCUUCUCUGGACACUAAUUUGGACGACGGAAUCUAUGGCGACGACCAGGAUAUUUCGCGUAGAAACCAAGCAUUUGGAAGCAACACUUACAGUAAGCCGCCGGCGAAGAAUCUCUUCCAUUUUGUCUGGGAGGCGUUCAGAGAUCCCACCAUUAUUAUCCUCUUGGCAUGUGCUGUUUUAUCUCUAGCGUUUGGGAUCAAAGAGGAUGGAAUCAAGGAAGGAUGGUACGAUGGAGGGAGUAUAUUUGUCGCCGUCUUUCUGGUAAUCUCCGUUUCCGCUCUCAGCAAUUUCCGGCAGAGCAGACAGUUCGAUAAGCUGUCGAAGAUCAGUAAGAACAUUCUGGUUGAGGUUGUCAGGGCCGGGAGACGGCGGCAGGUUUCCAUCUUCGAGAUCGUUGUCGGAGAUAUUGUCUGCUUGAAGAUCGGAGAUCAAGUCCCGGCGGACGGGUUAUUGGUGGAAGGGCACUCGUUGCAAGUCGAUGAAUCGAGCAUGACCGGCGAGAGUGAUCACGUAGAGAUCAAUCAUGACCGGAAUCCGUUCCUUAUUUCCGGGACGAAAGUGGCUGACGGAUAUGGAAGAUUCUUGGUAACUUCUGUCGGCAUGAACACCGCCUGGGGCGCCAUGAUGAGCGAAAUCAGCAGCGAUUCCGGCAGCGAGGAGACGCCAUUGCAGACGAGGUUAAACAAGCUUACAUCAUCCAUAGGAAAGGUUGGUUUAGCGGUGGCAUUCCUCGUACUGGUUGUCUUGUUGGUACGAUAUUUCACGGGACACACUAAGGAUGAAAACGGGAACAAAGAGUUCAACGGGAGCAAGACGAAGGCGGAUGACGUGAUCAAUUCCGUGGUGGGAAUCAUAGCCGCUGCCGUCACCAUUGUCGUCGUGGCGAUUCCAGAAGGGUUGCCUCUUGCUGUAACUCUUACUCUCGCAUAUUCCAUGAAGAGAAUGAUGAGUGAUCAGGCAAUGGUGAGGAAGCUCUCUGCUUGUGAGACAAUGGGGUCUGCCACAACAAUCUGCACUGAUAAAACAGGAACUUUGACUCAGAAUAAGAUGAAGGUGACAAAGUUCUGGCUGGGAAAAGAGUCCAUGGAGGGGAAGAACAGAGCUGAAAUUGCUGACAAAGUUCUUGAAUUAUUCCACCAAGGGGUUGGCCUCAACACAACAGGCAGUGUUUUCAGGUCAGAUGAUUCGGGUUUGGGUUUCGAGUUCUCGGGGAGUCCAACAGAGAAAGCCAUUUUAUCCUGGGCUGUUGAGGAGCUUAACAUGGAUAUGGAGGAAGUGAAGAGAAACUACACUGUUCUUCACGUGGAAGCAUUCAAUUCAGAGAAAAAGAGGAGUGGGGUUUCCAUGAAAAAGGCUACAGAUAACACAGUUCAUGUUCACUGGAAAGGAGCUGCAGAAAUGAUCCUUGGAAUGUGUUCACAUUACUAUGAUCUGGAAGGGAAUAAGAAAUCUCUGGAUAGCAACGAGAGAGUGAAAUUCGAGCAAAUGAUCCAAGGCAUGGCUGCCAGCAGCCUCAGAUGCAUAGCCUUUGCACACAAACAAGUCACAGAAACACAAAUUUCAGUUCCAGAAGAUAGCCUAACUCUUCUAGGACUAGUAGGCCUCAAAGAUCCCUGCAGAGAUGGUGUGAAGAAAGCCGUUGAAUCCUGCCAAUUCGCGGGGGUGAACAUCAAGAUGAUAACCGGAGAUAACAUCUUCACAGCAAAGGCAAUAGCCACAGAAUGUGGCAUUCUGCAUCCUAACCAGGCACCCGAAGAAGGAUCAGUCAUAGAAGGGCUCGAGUUCAGAAACCUAACAGAAGCACAACAAAUGGCACGAGUAGAAACCAUCCGUGUAAUGGCAAGAUCCUCGCCUUUCGACAAACUCCUAAUGGUGCAGUGCCUGAAGAAAAAAGGCCAUGUAGUUGCAGUCACAGGAGAUGGCACGAACGACGCCCCAGCUCUAAAAGAAGCAGACAUAGGACUCUCCAUGGGGAUUCAGGGCACAGAAGUGGCUAAAGAGAGCUCAGACAUUGUCAUCCUAGACGACAACUUUGCUUCUGUAGCCACAGUCUUGAUGUGGGGAAGAUGCGUCUACAAUAACAUCCAGAAAUUCAUCCAGUUUCAGCUCACAGUAAACGUGGCAGCCCUCGUGAUCAACUUCGUGGCAGCAGUGUCUGCAGGAGAAGUCCCCCUCUCAGCAGUGCAGCUUCUCUGGGUCAAUCUCAUCAUGGACACCUUAGGAGCAUUAGCCCUCGCCACCGAAAAACCAUCAAAAGAGCUCAUGGACAGGGCACCCGUGGGGAGAACCGAGCCACUGAUCACCAACAUAAUGUGGAGGAACCUCCUAGCCCAGGCCCUAUACCAGAUAUCCAUCCUGCUUGUCCUGCAAUUCAGAGGGGAAUCAAUCUUCGGGGUGAGCAAGGGGGUGAAUGACACGCUGAUCUUCAACACGUUCGUCCUUUGCCAAGUGUUCAACGAGUUCAACGCGAGGAAGCUCGAGAAGAGGAAUGUUUUCCAAGGGAUACACAAGAAUAAGCUGUUUGUGGGGAUUAUCUGCAUAACAGUUGUGCUUCAGGUGGUUAUGGUGGAGUUUCUGAAGAAAUUUGCUGACACAGAGAGAUUAAACUGGGGACAAUGGGGAUUGUGUUUGGGAUUAGCAGCUGCAUCUUGGCCUAUUGGUUGGGUUGUGAAAUGCUUGCCAGUUCCAGAGAGACCAAUCUUCAGUUACCUCAAAUUGAAGAAAUUCAUGUAAAUAUCAUUGUCAUUUUAUAUUCUGUAAUCUUUCGCAGCGGGGGAUUUGAUCUCCCUCUUCUGCCCAUACUAGUAUUUUUUUAUUCUGUUAUUGCAUUGUAUAUUGGUAUGUAAUUGAUAUGAUGACAUUAAUUCUUUUAUUGGUUUAAGUAUAUGAUUCUUCUUUAA